AUGUCUCCGCCAACCACCACUUUCACGGGAGAGACUUCUCAGCGAUCCUCUCAAUCAUUCGCACCAACACCACGAUCCGACUCGGCCGAGUCCACAACAACCAGACAUUAUAGAUCUGUUUCAAAUUUUUCUACUACUUCCUCCAUUAUGACGGUUACUGAUAGUGCAAAGCCUAAACUUGUUGAAUUUACUACCAAUGCUCCCGGAGGUCAAAACAUUUCAUCAUUCCUCUCGAAAAUAUUUAAUAAUCCUCAAAAUAAUUCUAAUAGUUCAUCAUCAACAUUGGUAGCAAAUAACGUUGUUUCUAAUUUAUCAUCGCCUGAUAAUAAUUAUUUCUUUUAUGAAAAUCCAUCCAAUCAAUCUCUGUAUUUAUAUGUUAGCAACAAUCCGUUAAAGUUGAGUGAUGAAAUUCCUGUAAAAAAGACGAAAAAGAAGAGUGCUUCCUCUUUCAAAUCCAUGACAAAUUCCGAAAUUUCAGAGGAAUAUAAAACUGCAGCAAACAAUUUCAAUAGCAACAUCACAAAUGUUGACAAACAAGCCAAACAAAUUCCACACCAACCAAAUAAUCCUAUCACUGCAAAUAAUCAUGAACCAUCAUUAACUGCAGUAUCUUUCGAUUCUUCAGGUGUUCUGAAUCACUCUGAAAAUCAUUCUUAUCUUGAAAACCCACAAUUGAAACAUUUGGAUUUUAAGAAUAUUGACCAUAUUAUUAGCACAAAGAAACGAUCAAUGUCCAUCUCUAAAGACAAUUCUGGACUGGUUGAAAGUGAAAAUGGAGCUGGCUCAUCCUACGUUGGAUUUUCUCUUGUCAACAAGAAGGAAUUGCUAAAAAUGGAAAAUAGAGUAGAUUUACAAAGUAGACACAACACAACCCCAUCGGAUUCAUUGAUGAACAGAUCAAAAUCUCAUCCUGAAUUAUUUACAAUUCCUGAAGCAACUACGGACGAAAAUUCUGAGCCAUCUCCAUUGAUAAUGCCAAUAAUGAAACAAGAUCAAGAUAAGGCACCAACAAACACUCCGAUAGAUUCACCAAGAAAACAUUACUUGCCUAACCAAUAUAGUCAGCAUCAACCACUCUCUUCAAAUGUUGAAAAUACUUCUUCAAUUUCUACUCAAGUUUCAUCCAACCAUAAUAAUACUCCAAAUACCCCAAAUAUGCAACCUUAUUACAGUAGUAGUGGUGGUGGUACUCCUGAAAUGAGUCAGCAUGCUGGUCGUGAAAAAGGACUUCGAAAUUUCAUUAGUAACACACUUCAAAGAAAAUCAAACGCCAGACAGUUUUGGAUGCCAGAUGAUCGUGUCACCAAUUGUUAUGAAUGUUUAACUCCUUUUAGUGUUUUUAAAAGAAAACAUCAUUGUAGAAUUUGUGGUCAAAUAUUUUGUUGGAAGUGCUCGGAUUACUUUAUUGAUGGCAAGAAAUGGGGUUACACUGGAAAAAUGAGGGUGUGUAAUUAUUGUAAUAAUUUGGUAGGGCAGUCCCAAAAUCUCUCUCAAAUACUGAAUGGAGGAACCUCAAACGCACCAUCAUCAGCUGCUCUUACCAGUAGUUUCUCUUCAACAUCGACUACAUUGAACACGAGUACUCAAACCAAUCAUGCAUCAUCGAACAACAACAACAACAUGUUGAACAAUUCACCUGUUCCCAAUUCCACAGGUCAGUCAUCACAACUCAAUUCAUCUCCAUCUGGUAUUCUUGCUCCACACAAAUCAUUUUCCUCCUUCUUUUCAAGUAUGGAUGAAUUUGGUGCCAAAGGUCUUGCUGAGGGGCUUGAUACUGAUCCAGAUGAUGAUGAUGAACAGCAAGAUAAAGUAUCCACGAAUCGUGAGAAUGAUGGUAACGCUCCAAAUGAUGCAUCAAGUAGUGAUGAUGAUGAAGAUGACGACGAUAAUGAAACCAAUGAUCCAUCCAUCCGUCGUCGACGUUUGCGAAUUCAUACCAAUUCGCUCAAUCCAACGACGAUCUUUGACGAUUCACUCUUGAUGAACAACAGUGAUUUUACAAUGGCAGCAGCAAGUGAAGAAGCUGAUAAUCACACCCAUUCUCAAGGCGGAGGAAUUGAUGGAACAGUUCCUUUCAAGAUUAUUUCAGGAGAAGAAUUUGAACAAGGUUUUGAUGAACAUUUGAAUUCCCUUGAAGAAGUUUCUCAAAAACACCUUAAAGCAAUUGUUUCUCAAUUGAUUCAAAGAGAGAAUGCUAUGUGGUCAUCAUCACAUACAUCUACUACACAAGUUGUUGGUUCUGAAUUUGGAUCCAUAACAUCAUCAACACCUUCAAUUGAUCCCAAAUGGGAAGAAGUCAUUGUAGGAUUGGCUCUCAGAACUGUGAACUCUUUGAAUCCUAAUAUUUUGAGAGGAGAUAAAAUGGAUAUUAGAAACUGUUUAAAAGUGAAGAAAGUAUUGGGAAGUAACAUGUCAAAAUCUGAAUAUGUCGACGGAGGUGUUGUAUUUUCAAAGAACGUGGUUCACAAACGUAUGAAAACAAAUUUGAAAAAUCCAAAACUUUUAAUUCUGAGCUGUCCCAUUGCCUAUCAAUAUCACAAAGCAGAAACUCAAAGCAUGACUUCUAUGGACAUUCUCAUUAGUCAAGAAGAAGAAUUUUUGAAACUUCUUGUUGAAAGGAUUGCAGAAAAGAAACCUGAUUUAGUUUUUGUAGAAAAAUCGGUGAGUCGAUUUGCAAAAGAAUUAUUACUAUCAAAGGGUAUUGCAGUGGUUGUGAAUGUGAAAAGAAAAGUGUUGGAAAGAAUUUCCAAAUGUACAGGAUAUCCAAUUUUAUCCUCUAUUGAUGAAUACGAUCAAUCAAUUCUUCACAUGAACCUUAAUCAAACACCACCACCUCAAUGCACUCAUGCCUAUAUGAAACGCAUUGGAAAUAAGAAUUUAUUUAUUGUUUGUGGUAAAUAUACAGAUGCUCAAAGUACAGUAGUGUUGAGAGGAGAAGAUGAAAAGGAACUCGAAUUGGUGAAACCCAUUUUUAAAUUUGCUGUCUAUGUCGCCUAUAACUUGAAAUUAGAAACAGAAUUCUUCUUUGAUGAGUGUGGAACUUUACGAUUCGAUGCUCCCACUAGUACCAAUUCUCCAUACAUUUUAUCUGCCUCUCCCAAUGUAAAAUUUUCAUUGAGAUUGGAAGAUUUGGAUCUUGCAAAACUUGGAAUUGUAAAUCCAAUACAAACACUUACACAUCGAGAGAAAGCAGUCCACGACUACUACUACUCGGACACAACCACCGCCACCACAACACCAUCAUCAUCAUUGACUGGUAUGGACAACAACAACAAUCCCUACACAGAAACUGAAUUGGCCAUAUUUGGAGAUGUCUUAUCUCCCUAUGUUCAUCAGAAUAUUAUUGUACUCUUCACAAAACAUCCAAAAGUGGAUCCAAAAUUAUUAUUAUCAUCAUCCUCUCUCAUUACUGAAACUCAAUCAUUAGCAAAUCCAGAAACUGUGGUCAUUGCAUAUUACACCGAUAAUGACAUGCCUUUGGGUAAAUUCUUGGAAUUGAAAUGUUUCAAUCCCAACAAUAUUUUGAAUUAUAUGAACACCACACGAAUGUACACACAUGGAGAUGGAAAGAUUAUUCUCACUGUUGAGAAAUCUCCACAAAUAAUUUCAUCAAGCGAUGAGGGUAUUGCCAUGUGGAAUUAUUGUAAAAUAUGUGAGAGACAUGUGACUCCAGUCAUUCCCAUGUCUGAAAGCGCAUACAAAUAUUCUUUUGGAAAGUUCUUGGAAAGUACUUUUUAUAAUAGUACUCUCAGAUGUAGAACUGGAGGAUGUAAUCAUAGUGUACAUCAUGAUCAUAUUAGAUACUUUGCAUAUAAUGAUGUUAUUGCCAAAUUUGAGUACAAACCUGUCAAGAUUUAUGAUAUUGUAUUUCCAGGAAAUAGAGCAGUUUAUGAUGAAACGUAUCAAGCCUCUCAAUUUACCGUUAUGGUUCAAAAUGUUGAAGAUGCAUGCAACGUUCUUUUUGCAGAUUUUAUGCAACUAGUUCUUGAAAUUGAAAGUAAUUUUUCAUUGUUAAGUGAAGAACAAAUUGAACAAUUUCAUGAAAUUGGAGAACAAAUCAAAAAUCAACAAAAUAUUUUGUGGUCUUCCUUGAGCACUAUUAAGCAAAAGCAAAACAUUUAUACUCUCAAUGAUUUUAUUAGAAAUGUUUACAUCUCCACGAUCAGUUGGAAUGAUAUGAUUAUUGAAUUAUUUUCUAAAUUUGGAAUUCUUAAAUCAACAACAUCGAGCGGUGUUGUAGCAAACUCAAUGUCCUCUUCAGCAACGACCGUUUCAAACACCGCGAUGAAAACAGCAAUGACAAAAUCAAAACCUGUAGUCUUGAAGGAUGCUCCAUGUUCUGAAAGCUCAUCCUCACCUUCGAGCAAUCACAGCAAUGGUGUUAUUAGCCACAACAGCAACAACAACUCGGGACACAUCUCUUCUGUUCUCACAUCUUCUAAUCCUCGAUUGAUUAGUGUGGAAUUUAUUAUUAAUGACACAUCUCAACAAGAACACAAACCACUCAUCCAGGUCAUUCUUAAACGCAACAUUUUCCUAACUUCCAUCACUCUUUCUUCCAUGAGCUCUAAUAGUGACAAUGAAUCAGCCAUAACUACACCAUCAAGUUAUUUAUUACCAGUGGUUGAACCAUUGAAUUUGGAUGGUAUCGAAUCUACUACUGCUACUACUACUACUACUACUACUACUACUACUACACUCAGAAAUAUAAAUACUUGUGGCGGCAUUGAAAAUAAUUCCUCAUCAUUAGAGUUCAACACUACUGGUAUGAGGAACAAUACUCCUCAUAGCGUAGUGAAUACAACAAUCACUCUCAGUACUGCUAAUACAUCAUCAUCAGAUGAUGCAUCAUCUCCUUUACCCUCUUCAGGUCGAUCACAAAAAGGUUUCAGUUUUUUACCAUUUAGAAAUCAAAACAAACAAUCUACUAUUUUCGAUCAACUUCAAUUGAAACCUGUAAAACUUCCAGCCAUUAUUGAUGGAAUAUCAGCUCAUUUAUUUUUACCAUCUGGAAGUACAAAUGCAAAUGUUAUUGUAUAUAAUGAUGAACCAUCUACGAUCAUUGCAUACACAUUGAGUUCAACGGAUUAUGAUAAGGUUAUUCGCUCCAAUUCAGAACAUGAAGAUAUUGAAAUGGUGUUGAAAUCAAAAGAAAAGAAUCAUUACAAAUUUUCAUUUUCAGAUACUUCCAACUCAAACUCUGGAAAUAAGGUGACUCUUAUUGAUGGUGAAAUUCCAUUCAACAAUUCAUCGACAUCCAUGUCGAAUCGAUCCAAAAACAAGACGAAAUUCAGCUGUACUUGCUUCUUUGCAAAACAAUUUCUUGCUUUACGAAAAGCAUAUUGUGAUGGUGAUGAUUCAUUUAUUCAUUCUCUUGUUCGUUGUGUGAAAUGGAAUACAACAGGAGGUAAAUCAGGAUCAUCAUUUACCAAGACAUGGGAUUCCAAGUAUGUUCUCAAAGAAGUGAAUUCUCGUGUUGAGUUAUUGAGCUUUUUAGAAAUUGGCCACGCUUAUUUUGAAUAUGUUGCAAGUUCACUGUUCCAAGAAUUGCCAAGUGUUUUGUGUAAAAUUUUAGGAGUGUUUCGAUUGAGUUAUUAUGAAAAGGGUAAAUCUGUGAAAAAAGAUAUAAUUGUAAUGGAUAACUUGUUCUAUAAUAGAGUAAUAUCUAGAACUUUUGAUUUAAAGGGAUCUAUUCGGAAUAGGUAUCAAAAGACAGAGGGUGCAGUAUUGAUGGAUGAAAACUUGUUAGAAUUCAUUUACAAUGGAUCUCCGCUGAUUACCAGAGAAUCAUUCAAAUCAAUACUCACUUUGAGCGUAUUCAACGACACUCUCUUUUUGAGCAAACACAAUAUUAUGGACUACAGCUUGUUAGUGGGUAUUGAUGAAGAAAAUGGAGAGUUAAUUGUUGGAAUUAUUGAUUAUGAAUUAUCAGCAACAAAUCCAAAGUACCCACAGUCAUAUCUCCAAAACAUUACAAAACAAGAUUUAGAGAAGCUAUGCAAAGAUAUAUUAUUUCAACAUGCAGCAAAUUAA